AACCUUUAAAAAAAAGAAUGAUAUGUUUCCCACAAAGGGAGGAAUCUUUAACCAGAAACUCCACCUCUCUCAGAGCUCUCAAAAAUCUCCCUUCUAUACUAACAUCGUGACAAGCACAUUUGGAAUGCAGAAUAUUGUUACGGAGGACACAUUUUAACUUAAGUUUAGCAUCAUAAUCCAAAGAUGUGCAGCAGAAAUGCAGACUCAAAUGCUACAUUUUACCAUGAAGCAGGAGAAGAAGUGUACUCUGGCUACCUGUACAAGUCUCCUCCUACUAGUUUAUUAAGAAACAUGAAAUCAUGGAAGCGUCGCUUUUUUGUGCUUGCCAAGACAAGUGACAGCACUCACAACCUAAAAUAUUACAGAAAUGAUGAGAAAGACUCACUUAUAAAAUCCAUAGAUGUUUCCACCAUCACAAAGCUUCUGAAUACUUGCCCUAUGACGCAUCCCGCCCAUGACUGGAUCUGUAAAAGCUUCAAGUGCUCGCCAUGCUCUGUGCUGUUGAUGAACACAGAAAAUCCUAAAGAGAAGAUCCACAGAGAGUAUUUCCUCAUAGGAGAAAACAGUGCUGAGGCAGAUGGAUGGUACAAUGCCUUAUUCCAGGUGCAGAAGAAGACCAGAUCUAUGUCACAACCUUUACCACCGAACAUGAAUGACCCCAAAUCUACUCACCACAACUCACAUGACACUGAACAGAACGGGGGUGAUCGUGUACCCCCACUGUCCCCAAAAAGGAUGUCUGCACCUGCAGAUGUUGAAAUGAAACACAAUGAAUGUCACCAACCAUCCAGCCCAUCUGCAUUAGAGAUGAAACUGGAUGAUUCAGCAGGGGAAAGCAGUCCUGAUUUGUCAUCAAGGGAAAGUGCUGCCUCUACUGAAGAAAGUCUUUUGGAUUGUGUCACAAAAGCUUUUAAUGACCUGAGGACACAGCAAACAUCCAGUAAGGAGAAAGAAACACUAAGAGAGAAACACACCCCUGUUGAGAAGGAGAUCUGCUUGAGUCUUGAAGAUCUGAAUGGCGUGAUCUUUACAGACCAAGCAGGGAAACCACGUGUGUCUGAAUGUAGGCGAAUUGAGACCACAUGUCUAUUCCAUAAGGGGGAUCAGAUCCUGGCUGUCAAUGACUUGCUAACAUACACAGUAGAAGACAUACAGAUGUAUUUAAGAAAGCUUAACAAACAUGAGGUAAAACUGACCAUCCUACGGCCCCCAGACUCCAUUCCUUUCCACUCUGACCAUACAUACUGAGGACACAAAUGACCCAACCGCAUUUUAUACUACCUCUCUCUAUUUUGCCAUCAGUUGUUUUUGUAAAAAUGUUCAUGUUUACCUGUAUGACUAGUAAAGAUGGCAAAUAUACUUAAUAUGUGAUAAGUUGUUAAGCAGGUACCUUGUGAAGUCCUGGUAUGGGAAGAUGGAUAUUCGAAUUUAGACAAACAACGGACACCUUAAAGGGAUAGUUCACCCAAAAAUGAAAAUUCUCUCAUCAUUUACUUAUCCUCUUGUAAUUUCAAACCUGUAUUAUUUUCUUUCUUCUGCAGAUCACAAAAGAAGAUAUUUUGAAGAAUGUUGGUAGCUGAACAAGAGCGGUACCCAUUCAUGUAUAGACUCAAUGGGUACCGCCGUUGUUCGGUUACUAAUAUUCUUUAAAAUAUCUUCUUUUGUGUUCAAGAGGGUGAGCAAAUGAUUACAGAAUUUUCAUUUUGGUUGAACUACUUCUUUAAUAAAAGGUGUAAAAAAAAUUAUAGACAGAUUAAUUUUUACAAAAGGUAAAUGCUAAAGUAUCAUUACAGAAAUCGUAAGCAUAUACAGAGAUUGUGGCAGUUCAGCUGUCAUUUCUGUGUAUUGAGCCACUGCAACAUUUUCUACGGUUCAACCACCAGGUGGCGCUUUGAUAUAAUUGUUACUCGUCUCGAGCUUCUUGAGCCAUAGCAAAUUCACCAAUGAUUUUUCAAUUACAUGGGCUUUUGCUGGUUUCUUUUGGAGGGUGGGGAGGUAUUUCGGGUUGUUUUGUAUAAACUGACAGGUGCAUCCUACAGAUCUUGAUAUCUUGACACAAUGUAAUGUGUUGGACUAAUAAACAAAACUAGUCUAAAGCAGUGGUUCUCAAACUUUUUUUUGUUGUAAGGUCGCCUUUGUGAAGUGUGCAUCGCUUUGCAGCCCCUCAAAUAAAAACCUAUAAUCUUAAACAUAGACUUUUAAUUAAUCCAAGAACAUGUUCAGUUAUACAAUGCUGGAACAUCAGUUAUUUUGGUUGGUGGUUUAAUUUUUUUUUACGUUCGAUUUCAUGAAAUAUAUGAUUAUUUUAAUAAUUCAUAAAAUACCACAAAAUCGGUGGUCCCCCUGCAUCCAUCUUGGGGCCCCCAGUUUGAGAACCACUGGUCUAAAGAAAUGUUGGAUCAGUUUUCUUCAUUGCCUUGUAUUAUUACAGCCUGGGUAUCUCAGAGUAUUCUGGGUUCUGUCUGCCACUCAUGAAAGUAGCUCUCCAUAGCUUUCCUGCUCUUCCAGCUGCCCACGUUUACUGUAGGGAUGAUCUUUUUAGGUCGCAGCCACUGCACAAAACGCUUCAACUCCAGAUAACUGCUGUGCUCGCUGUAGGGAAUUCCUGAAACAGAUAAGUGUAGAGUAGAAAUGCAUCUAUUAAAAAUUUUGAGAAGCUGAGAAAAAUAUUUAGACAUGAAUAUUACAGUAAUCUCGUAGCCACUGAUAAACAGGGUUCGUACAGACAUUGUAUACUGAAAUUCCAGGACUUUUAGGCACAUUUCUUUAUUUUCAAGGUCUAAAAUUAGAGAUCUCAAAAGGUUGAGAUAAACAAAAUAUAUUAAUAAAACAAAACCGUACGAAUAAAGUGUGGUACAUGAAGUAUGCAAUGACUGUAACAACUAAGGUGGCGUUACACUUUAUUAAUUUUCAGAUUAAACUGGAAAUUGAUAGAGCACCACCUUAGUUGCCACUGUCAUAAAGAAUUAUUGGUUAUUUAAAUUUUUCUAUUUUGAAAAGAUACAUAACUUGUUUGUCUACAUCGACAUCAGCAUUCUAAUCAUUUAAAGAACAAGCACAUAUGUGAGAUUAGUGGUUCUCAAACUUUUCAGUUCAAGUACCACAUCUAAUAAAAUUAAACAUGUCAAAUUCACUUACUCACUGCCAUAGAAAAUCACAUACAUACCAAAAGUACAGCUGUCAAUCUUUACCUGCCCCACAAUUCAAUACAUUUCUUCUCCCAUUUCUCAUGUAUUAAUACAAACGUAUAUAUGAUGUAUGAAUACAAACACAGACCGAUCUGGAUAUGACAUCAAACUAACACAAGAGUGUUCUCUCGCAGUAUGCCGAUCAAUUUGCACAAAUAUUUGUUAAUCAUCAAAAAGAUUAAACACUGAAAUUAUUUUGUAAUUUCAUUUAUAUUGCCCUUCACUAAUUUAAGCACUUUUCACG